AUGAAACAGCAGAAAAGUAGCGGGGGUGAGGGAACACAGUUUCCACCGAGAGCACAGGAAACCUCGAUGCCUCAGAACCGUCAAGACCAAUUGAUCAUCAACCAGUUCGCGAAAAAGCUGAUGGAAACAGCCACGCCCGAAAUCAUGCAAAAGUUUGAAAGUGACGUCUCUCGAUGGCCCGAGGACAAGAAGCGACAGCUUUUGGCCCAAGGCAUCCCGCUUCUCUUCCUCCGCUUUCGCCAGCAUGCCGACAUGCUCUACAGGAGAGGAGCCCUCAACACAUUGGCAACAGUGAACACGGGUGAUCAGGUUGACAGACCACAACAGGUGGCUUCAAUUGACAUCGCAGGCUUAAGCUCAAACCCUGAUGCUGUAGGAAAUUCUCAAGCAGAAACAGCGUCACUCGACCCAAGUGAAGCAUACAGACAAGGCCAAGCCAAUGAAACGGCCAACGGGCGCAUUCGCCCGCACUCGGUAUUACCGUCAGAAACGUACCCAAAUAUCUCUGACGCGGAUCCCCCGUCAUCUUUCCGGCGGGGCAGUUCAUACCUCUCCGUGCAAGACAGCGUUGAGCAUGAUCAGCCUGCUCUUCUUUCCAGCAACCCAGUACAUAUCAACAGGAACGACCAUCAUAACGCUUUGGGUUCGGAGCCAUUCCUUGGUGACCCAACAGCUCCGGACAAUUUCGAUUUCGACAGUUUCUGGCAUACCGGCGAUGAUAACUACGACGAUGCUGAGUAUGCUCCCGCUGCGUUGCAGCCACGGUCACUGUUGGUCACUGUCGGUAUCAUCCUAUGGACACGAUUCACCAAGGUCACUGUCGGUAUCAUCCUAUGGACACGCUUCUUCAAGGCCACCAGACUUUGA